AUGUCCCCGAUGUCCCCGCACGGCCCAGCUCAGCCUUCCCGUCCCUCUGGUCCCCCCGCGCAGGCGUGCGCCAAGGCGUGCCGAGCGGAGCUGUCGGCCGAGGCGCCCAUGUACCCGGGCAACGGGCACCUGCAGCCCCUCUCCGAGAGCGUCCGCAAGUACGUGAUGAGCCAUUUCCGCUGGAACAAGUUCGGCCGCCGCAACAGCAGCAGCGGCCACAAGCGGGACGAGGCGGCCGGCGUCCCCCUGCCGCCCCGGCGGCCCGCCGAGGAGGAGGAGGAGGAGGAGGAGGAAGGAGCGGGGUUGGAGCGGGAAGAAGGCAAGCGCUCCUACUCCAUGGAGCAUUUCCGCUGGGGGAAGCCGGUGGGCCGCAAGAGGAGACCCAUCAAGGUGUACCCCAACGGCGUGGACGAGGAGUCGGCCGAGAGCUACCCGCUGGAGUUCCGCCGCCAGCUGGGGCCCGACGCCCCCCUGGGCUCCCCCGGCUUCUCCGAGGAGGAUGAGGAGGAGGAGGAGGAGGAGGAAGGCGAGGAGGAGAAGAAGGACAGCGGCUCCUACCGCAUGCGCCACUUCCGCUGGCACGCGCCCCUGAAGGACAAGCGCUACGGCGGCUUCAUGACCUCGGAGCACAGCCAGACCCCGCUGGUGACUCUGUUCAAAAACGCCAUCAUCAAGAACGCCUACAAGAAGGGGCAGUGA